GCUAAACUUAGUGCGUUCUCUCGGGAAGUCGACGUCAGGUUCGAGAAGGAUUUUGCAGUUCCACAAGGGUGACAAGGCCGUAUCAAUCAACCAGCCAACAAGGACAUAUACUUUGCUGUAGUCCUAAAUCGAAGUGAGGCAUUGGGACUGGAAAUCCCUAUCGAUCCACUCAAAUUAUCAGCCUUACGCUUCAUCGUUCGGAAGGCAAGAGAUAGUGGGGGUGUUAACAAAGCAAAGGACCCCUCUAGCGGCCCUUGAUCUCUAGACUGCCCAUAGUAGUUCAUUCCCAACGGUUAUUGCAUGCGUUCGUUCGAAGGAAUCCCAGAUAAGCAAGAACCCAAUAGUGAACGAAAACACGACAGACCUACCCAUGGAAACCUCGUUGACAACCAUGAUCCCGGAGGUUUUUGAAUCUCGCAAGCGCAAGAUUCUCGCAGACCUGUCCAUCCCCGACGCAGAGUAUACUGAUCUGUCGCCGAAGGGCUCUGUGGAUGAAGGUAUUCGCGUCCUCAUCAACGAUAUAAAUACCCUGCCAGGGUUGGUGACCACUAGCAGCUGUGCGGGAAGGAUCAGUGUGUUCCUGGAGGGGCGAAAGAAGCAACAGCAGCAGCAGCAGCAGCAAGCGGUGUCAGACGAGCAGCAACAGCAGCAGAGGCAGUUCGUACCAUCCGGGGGCAAAGGAGCAGGAAAGUGGUUAUAUGUGUCUCAUGAGCCCUUGCAAAAAUAUGGGAAGGUGCGAGAAAAAGAGCAAGAGCGCCAGCCACUGCAUGAGUUGUUUGGGAUGAUCCCUGGGGAUGGCAGGCCUCCCGGGUUGAACAAGGAUGGUCAGGCCCCGCGUCUCGUGCGCUUCUCUUUUGAGCCUAUGAUCCUCCAUAUUAUGGCAGCAACACUACACCAUGCUCACCCCGUGCUAUCUGCCGCUUCAACCUCCGGCUUUCGAGAGAGCGGACUGCAGAGUCUCCGUUGCUUAGAAGCAAAUGACAUUGAGGGCCCAAGUCCCAUCGUCGCUGUGCGAUCUGCCGGUCUCUCAUUGGAGUCUGUCAUCGGGUACUGCGAAGAAACCGAUGACGACAAUGAUGACGGAGGAGAACCCAUUAUCCGCAGUCUGGUCACAGAAGAGUUUCUUGAAAUGCUGGUUAAUAUUUCGAAUGAGAGAUUCGCUGUGAAUUCUGAACGUAAGGAGAGAUUUCGCACGAAUUUGUUAGAUCUUUGUUCGACGGAUCACCAUCAACAUGGCGCAAAAGGGAGAGGAAAAUCAAAGCCCCCUGGUUGGGAGGAUCCGGAGAAGCGAAGGGAGAGGAUGAGGGCAGAAGGACUGUUGAGGAAGCAGCUUGCGCAAAAUCAGAGAAAAGAAGAUGAUGUGGAUUUGGAUUUGUCUGGGGCAAGUCUGGAGUGAUGAAGGCUCCCGAUUUGGCUUUUUAUUGGCUAUUUAUUUAAAUCAAAACGGAAAUUGGGCUCGAAAUAGUUUAUGCAUAGAAAUAAGAAGAAAGGGAAUCAAUCUCAG